AGAAGUUGUUAAGUUCGUUGAGGAAGGAGACAUCAGUAGAAGCGGGGGUUGUAUUGGGGUUCUUGUAGUCUGUGGGAAUCUGAAGGCCUUGCCACAUACGUCGGGGGUUGGCGUUAGAAAAAUGAUCCUCCACCUUCCUUUUGUAGUGGUGUUUGGCCUUCUUGAUUCCCUUCUUCAGCUCAACCCUGGCUGUACUGUAAGUCUGUGCAUCCCCUGACCUGAAGGCGAUGUUGCAGGCCUUCAGCAGGAGACGAACGUCUCGGUUCACCCAGGGUUUCUGGUUGGGGUACAUGGUAAUGCGUUUGCAGGUGGUGACACGUUCUAUGGUGGUGGAAAUAUGGUUCAGUACAGAUGAGGCGUACUGAUCCAAGUCUGUAUGGUGGAAAAUAGUCCAAUCUGUUUUCCUGAACCGGUCCUGGAGCACAGCGUCUGAGCCCUCUGGCCACACCUUUACUGUCCUCACGGUAGGUUUCACACGUUGGAUGAGUUACAUUAAAAAGAACAAGGAACUUGCUGAAUGGAUAAUUAUUGAUCCUUCAAUAGGAAACCAAAAUAUUUCAUAUCAAUUUGGAGACAUGAUUUAAUUAUUAAAUAUAUACUUUCUCAGUUUUAUUUUAUUGUGCAACUUUCACUGUAAUAGUUGAAGCAUUUAGAUUUAAUUUAAACGAUGCAGUUAAAGUUCUAUUUUUAAAAUGCUCAACUAGCUGGAAAAAAAAUUAAUUAGUCUAAAUGAAAUUUAAAAUACACCUUUUGUGUCAAUGGAGGUCUAGAAAUGUUUAACUUUUACUGGGUACAUUGUAGUACUGGGUACUUAUUUCAUCACAUUAAAGUUAAUUUAAUUAUUCGAUGUAUUUAAAAAUAUACUUUGUGAAAAAGAAGAGCUCUGCAUUUCAAAUGCAUCACAGAAUAAACAGCUUGCAAAGAAAUGUGCUACAAAUUCAGCUUCUAUUGUGAAGAAAAUGCCACUCGGAACAUGGCGGCAACGAAACGUGUGGCGAAACUUAAUGUGGGCGGGACUUCCUGGUGUUCUACUCCGUGAUUGGCGGCUCCAGCCUCUGACCCCAGUGCGCAGAUUCGUGCUUCUCUCCGGUACAAUGGCGGCAGUUGGAGCGCCGUCCUCCGUGUUUUCUCGGGUUUCUGUCCACGGAGCAGCAGCGGGAGAGUUAAUAAAGCUGUAAGACAGAAACAGCAGCAGUUGGUGAACUCUGGAAAGAAGAGAAACGGUUUGAGGCUCAGCUGGAACUGCUCAGUAACUGUUAAAGGAAAGUUUGGAGAGAGAAAAGCUAGCAGAGAUGUGGAGGCAGCAGGUCAGACAGCGACUGGAUGCAGCAGAGGAGCAGAGACACGAAAUACUGGAUGCUGCUUUCAGCCCCGAACAUCGGCUGCACACAUCAGACGUUCGUCCCACUGCCACCGUCAGAGAAGAUUCCCCGGAGGAGCCCCGCUCUGACUGGGACCCAGAACCCAUCCGGAUCAAGGAGGAGCAGGAGGAGCUCUGGGACAGUGUGGCGGGGGAGCAGCUGGACUUGAAUGAGGAGAUGGAGAGCACCAGAAGAAGAGUGAAGAGUGAGGACGAAGAUGAGGAAGAGGAGGAGAAGCCUCCGGUCUUACUGGGCACUCUCCCUAGCAUCAGCUCAGUGAACCAGAUGAAGUCAGAAAGCGAUGAAGAGGAUGGAGAAGGAGGAAGAUCCAGAAGGAUCUCAGAUCCCAACACACAUGGAGACACUUCCAGCUCUUCAGACACUGAGGUCAGCGAGGAAGAGGAGGGUGAUGAUGAGAACCAUUCUGACACUCAACUCAAGCCCUUGUCAGACUCCGAGGCUGAAACCGAAGGGAGUGAAGACGACUGUGAGGAGAGCGGCUUUCGCAAGGUGAAGGGGAGAAUUCCCAGCAGAGCUUGGAGCUGCGCCGAGUGCAGUAAACGGUUCGCCUCCAAGCGCUCCCUUCAGAGUCACAUGGCAAGUCAUUCACAACAAAGACCUGACGGGAAGGAGGAGAAAUGUUUUAGUUGUGACAUCUGUGGGAAAAGUUUCAAGAGAAAAAGUCACUUAAACCUUCACACAAUAAUCCACACAGGGGAGAAACCGUUUGGCUGCGACGUCUGCAAGCAAAGAUUUGGUCGAAAGUCUCACCUGAACAGACACAUGACCAUCCACUCUGGGGAGAAACCCUUCCAGUGUGAGAAAUGCGGCAGAAAGUUUGCUAGUAAGUGCCGCCUCAACUCACACCAGAGAGUUCAUUCUGACGAGAAACCAUUUGGCUGCGACAUGUGCGAGCAAAGAUUCAAGGACAAGUCGGCAGCGAACCGACACAUGAAAGCCCACUCUGGAGAGGAACCAAUCAGAGAAAAGCAGUUUGGCUGCAACCAGUGCACUAAAAGGUUCACCAGUAAAAGUUGCUUGAAUUCACACCUGCGAAUCCACAGCGGAGAAAAACCGUUUGUUUGUGAUCUCUGUGGGCAGAAAUUUUUCUACAAGGCGAAUCUGAAAGCACACAUUCGGAUUCACACAGGGGAGAAACCCUACAGCUGUGACGUGUGUGGACAAGACUUCAGAUCCAAGUCGCAUCUAAACACCCACCAGAGAAUCCACACCGGAGAGAAGCCGCUCAACUGCGACGUCUGUGGACAACGAUUCAGCCGCAAGUCACAUUUAACCAGACACAUGAAGGUCCAUACAGGAGAGAAACCCUUUGGCUGCGUUCAGUGCAGCAAGAGGUUCACCAACAAAACCGACCUGACCUUCCACCUGAGAAUUCACACCGGGGAGAAACCAUAUGCCUGUGAUUUCUGUGGGAAGAGAUUCAUGGUCAAAUCAGCUGCAAACAAACACAUGAGAGUGCAUUCGGGAGUGAAGCCAUUUGGCUGCCAUCUCUGUGGGCAAAGGUUCACAGCGAAGCCCAGUGUGAAGAAACAUAUGAUCAUCCAUACAGGGGAGAAACCCUUCUGCUGCAAAGUCUGCGGGUAUAGAUUCAACCUGAAGACCAGUUUAGACAGACACGUUAGGAUCCACACUGGAGAAAAACCAUUUGGUUGUGACAUUUGUGGACGGCACUUUAACCGCAAAUCCACCUUAAAUACACACAUGAAGAUCCACAGAGAAGAGAAAGUUGCCUAGAAAGGCAACUAUGGAGAAAAUUUGAGUUCACAACUAACCCAACCAAUACACUUUUCAGCUUUGUUUGGAAAUUAAUGUGAUUUGUGAACAGAAAUGGUAUUUCAUUCAUGGAAUCUGUUUGUGGACAGUUACACCGAAAGGUGUAACUGUUGAUCCGCUGUUGAUAAAAUGAUCCGCGGAUCAUUUUAGUUGUUUCUCAGGUUAUCGAGUUGUUUAUCUGGGAAAAUACAAACUGUUUUAGCUGUAAUGUUUAUGGGAGAGAUCAGAUCUGGAAGAGAAAACAAACCGAAUAAACACUUAUCCUAAGACCAGCUCCGUCUGAUCCACAGCCAGAUUUAACAGGAUGCAGUUCCUCCUUCUAACCACAAGUCCAGUCGAAUUAAUGGUUAGACUGAACAGAAAACUUGUGGAUUGAUUCAGUUAGUGACUAAUUAGAGCAUUUAAGUCCUUUGAUCAAAAUAAGCUGCUUUGAUCUUGACUGUAACGUGUCAGAAGGCCUAGUCAAAGGCCAUAACCUAAAGGACUGGCUGCAGUAUGUUGUUACUGCCACAAAGAGGCUGAAGUCUUGUGUACGAGUUCCUUUCGUCUGUAAAUAUUAGCUGUUAUUAGAACCGCUUCUGCAUUUUAAGGUGCUGAACUGAUAUUUAUUUGUAGUUUUCUAUUUAUUUUAAUAACCAGGCGCUUCUGAAAGGAACAUCAGCUGCUAAUUAAAACCUUUCAGUUUUCAAAUAAUCAGAAGUUUGACUGAAAGCUCAGCAGAUCUGAUCCGAUUACCGGUUUUAUCGAUAUUUAUGUGACACCAACCAGAAUCAUGCCGGUUUUCUGAUCUUCUGUUGCCCACCUGUCCUGGUUCUGAUCCAGUUCUGAUCCAGUUCUGAACCAGCCCAGUGCUCCAGACUUCGGCAGGAAGCCAUGUUUGGUCUGAGCUGGUUCUCACGGUUAGCUCAGACUCAUCAUGCUGAAUCCUCGUCCUUCUCCUGGUAACAGAACCUCAGAUCAGUACCGGUUCUGGACUCAAAGUGGUACCGACUCAUAUUGGCUAUUUGACUCAUUUAGGCCCCUGGUUUUUGCAGAUUGGUAGCAGAACCAGCUUGGUGGAAAGGACUCCUGGUCAUGUUGGAGCUUAAAUCAGAUUAUUCCUGAAAGGACGCUCGGGUUUAACAUCCUGAUGGAAACAUAAGCAAAUCAUUUUAUUUCAGUGUCUUUAGGAUAAAAACAUAAACUUUAUGAUUAUGUCUUCAAAUGUCGCUUGUGCUCUGUUUGAGGCAGCCAUGACGGGAGCUGGGUGUUCAUGAUGAAGGCCCGCCUCCCGGAGGCAGAACCUUCGUCCUGUUUGGGUUUGAAUGAAGAGCGUCUGCUAGCGCCUGGAAGGAACAGAAACAGACAUGUUUGCUUUUAAUGAGAAGCAGAAAUACAUUUCAGUAGAACCGGAUCAGGCAGGUUAUUGUUCAGCUUCUAUCUGAUUAUUGUAAGGUGGUUCUGACAGAAUUGUUUCUUUUCUAUGUAAAAUAGUCGAUCUUUUAUGCUUCAUGUUUUUAAAUGUUCUCACUAAUAAACACAUUUUACCACAAAA